UGUCAUUGCUAUUUACUACCUAUAACCAGUCACUAUGUUAAAUUAUCUAAAAAAAAUUAUCUAAAAUCGUUUUUAACCAUUGAGAAAACCAAAACGAACAUAAAUUUAAUAUCAAUUAAAAUUCCCAUUCGACCCAAAGAUUUAGCCAAACAUUUUCGGCCAUUAGCACAAUGUCCCACGGUAUGUCGGAAUUUCUGGGUGGCGUCCGCCGUAGCCCGCAAGAACGAACGAGGGCGAUUAGGGCCAGGCUGGGUACUGGUACUGGACGCUCUGGUGGCGGAGCUGGUAGUAGUCCAGCGCAUCAAAGGCCACCAAGUGGAACCAAUGCAGCAGCAGUAGUAGCAGCAGGAGGUAUUGCAUCCAGUAGAACUGGGAAUCGGGUAACCCCUUCAGCGGGAUUACCCAAAGAAUCUGGCGGAUCAGUACCCAAAAGGUCAACAGGUGGGACCGCAACAAGGGUAUACAAUAACACUUGCACAUCCACGUUGCGUCGAGGCCGCCAUGUGCACCCGCCGCCAUUAAGGAUACCCGAACCCCGCCCGAUUAAGGAGGUCAAGUGGAUUAUGAAGCCGUCCGAGAGCUUCGUGCCAUGCAGUGAGUCCUCUUCCGAGGACAAUGAUCCGUUACAGAUCAAGAGUUUUACGGAGGGGGAUGAUGAUGCAGGCAAGAGCAGCAGCAGUGGAGGCUUGCGGAAGUCCCAGCCAGCUGAACCCGUUGCUAAGAACAAGGUACGAUCGCGGACAUUCUGUGUGCCCAGCCAGCGGAUCAUGCACACCGAUAAGCUGAUGGAGGCCCAGCUGCUCCAGAUGCAACUGCGAAAGAGGUGGAUCCAUUCUCAUAGCCCUUCACGAAGUAGAUCUCCCAACUGGUCAGCCAGAAGAUCACCAGGUCCAUUGACCUCAACAAAAUCGCCCAAUAGAUCUUCAAGCAGUUCUUCCAGUCAAUCAGUAAGCCAAUCUUCUAGUCGCAUGCCAUCCUCUGAGAAGUUGAAGGACGUGCCUCUCUACGAUUCCAAGACCCUGCUUCCCGGUAUCAACGAGACAACGCAACCAACUCCUCAGUUCUCGGGCCUGAUUUCCUGCUGCCCCAGUCCGAAUGCAAGUCCCCAUCCUAGCCAGAGUCGCCUCCAGAGCCCCAGCAUAAGUUCUAUCUGCUCUUCCAUGGACACCACUACAAAGAGUCAUACUUCCAGCUCAAGUCCAUACUCUAAUACCAGCAGCAGCAACAGCAGUAUUAGCACCAAUGGAAGUGGUUACAGGACACUCACCUCCGAAUCCACAAAUCUUGCAAUACCGGAAACGAAAGAUGGUGUCUCGGGUAGCAAAGCCAUCAAGCUGACCUCCACGGUGAUUGAGAUCAUUAAGCCAGCCAUGACGACGGUGGUCAAGAAAACAUCGAAAAUUCGCAGUAAGAAGGAGCAUGGCAAGUUGGCCUUGCCACUUCAGACCAAGAUACACUCUGCUUUCCAGCAGAAAAGGCACGAUGAUAGCAGGCGUGCCAUGAAUGCUCCCAUGGUCCAAUCUAUUUCGCCAUCAAAGUUCACGCCAAAGGUUCAGGUGGACAAUCCGAUCAGUCAGUCGGUGAAUCAUGUGGUCAACCAGCUGACGGCUCAGUUAAAGGAGGCAGCGAUGAUGCCAAAAGAGCAAGCACUAAAGGAUAAGGAUGUCUAUAAAGCUUGGUCAUCAAAGGCUCCGUCAAGGAAGCCUUCCAUUUAUCUUCUAAUGAAUCAGCCGAAGGGCCAGUCUGCGGCUUCCUCAAACGAUCCUUCUAAGGAUUCGUGGGUUAUCCAACCAAUGGAGCAACCAAAUGAUACGAAGCCUACACAGGAACUUUUCAGUAAAGAGCCUGUCAAUCAGAAAAAGGAUCAAUCAUUGAAACAGCAGACGACAAAUCCUUAUUUGAGCGAAUCAAAGGACCAUCCCAGGCAUAAUUUCAGUCCAUAUGUGACUCCACUAAGGAUUGCGGGGGGAAACCAACAGAUAAACGAACCAAAAAACCAAGCUGUGCAUCAUCCAUUGAAGUCUCAUACGAUUCCGCCAAGAAAUUGGAACAGAAAUCAAUCACAAAACCACUCCCGAAGUCACUCGUCGAGGCACACAUCCCGAAGUUCUUUCAUGCCAAAGUCUACAAUUGCCUCCAAGACAAGAAUUUCCAUGAAUCCAUACAUCUAUGAAUCCAAACACCUGUCCAAGGCUCCAACCAAGACGCAACGAAGACCAACAGUGAGCCAGCCAGUUUCGUUAAACAGGACCACUGGGCCGUCCACCUCCACUGGAAGAUCUUAUGUUGCCCCUCCGCCAGAGCCGCAACAACCAGAACAACCAGCCACUUCUGGCAAGAUUGUGCGAAAGUUCCAGCACAAGGUACCUCGAACCAUGGAAGAUGGCAUCGACAUGAGCUACCAGUACUUCGUAUCGAUUCCUCUCAAACGCGGAAAAAAGCCCCAGGUGGUUCGCUACCUGUACCGCCCGAUGGUGCGCCAACUGAACUCGCCUUCACCCAGUCGACGCUCCUCGAGGCGGGCGAAAACGAAAGCAGCGGCAGAUGCUGAAGAACAGCAACCAACCACAGCUGAAGAGAAUGGACAUAAAAUAGAUCCGGAACUGGAAGCUUUGGGCGGAAUGCCCCUGCCACUAGAAGGUCUUCCAAAUUUAACAUCCCCAGAAGGAAUAGUUAAAUCCAAAAUUGUAUUAGAUCCCGAGGAUGUACUGAAUGCUCCGUACGAGGUUCCACCGCUCAAGCUGGAGGCCCGCUAUAUGCCAAUGAUGGAGGAGCUGGCCCAAAUGCCCUAUCCCGAGGACCGACCCAAUCGUCGACGACGCUUCAAGCGAUCUAUACGUGCCGCCGGUGGCGCUGAUCAAGUGCCUUCAACUGAUCCUCACCAGCGAAUUGGUGGCGGUGACGCCAUCAAGAAUGAAAUGCGCUCUAUGGGACGACUCUCGUCCAUCUGGACAUCUGGUUCACCGCGCUUGCCAAGACUGCUAAAUUAUCGCCCCGAAGCCCAAAGUCUUAGAACGGGCACUGGAGCUCCGAUCUCAUAUCAUACACCCGUACAUAUUGGUCAGUUUACGGAGGCCGACAAAGUGUUUUCUGGCCAAUUUGUUCUACCGGUGGAACCUAUGAUUCAUGCCGUAACCUAUGCUGAUGUCCUGGAGUACGAAAAAAAAGAACAAGAGCAGACUGACCAUCCUCUGGAGGAAAGCAAAGUGGUUGGAGCCACAGGCAAAUCGGUGAGCUUUCAUCCCGGCGACAUAGUAAAUGAAAUAGCCACCAGGAGCAACUCCAUCAACACUGGGUCCUCUUCAAGCAGGACUAAGGGACGUCGGGCCUCAAAGAAGAGCAAGGUCAAGUCCAAGGGUAAGGCCAAGACGCGCAAGUGAAAGGUGAUUUUGGGAGCCAGGAAUGUGAGACGAUUCACCACAAGGAAACCAAAAAAAUCAUGGAUUUUCAUAGCACAAAAGGUUUUGGAAUUUUUAAACAAUAUUUAAAAAUUAAAAGUGAGUUGUAGCAACCGAAAAA